GCUCGCGAGGAGAGCGCCGAGGAGAGGCGGCUCGUUGGUCGGCCGCGGCUCUACUUAUGGCCGCGCAUGUAGGCAGUGGCGGCGUUCGAGACGGCCUGGACCGAUCUGUGGAGCCGCGAAGGGCCCACCUUGACCGAGGGACGUAACAAACACUGCGGGCAGUGUUUGAAGAUGGCGCUGAACAAUGUGUCCCUGUCCGCCGGCGAUCAAAGGACCAGGGUGGCCUACCGCGCGUCCCACGGCGACCUCAGCCCGUCGGCCUUAGCGCUGGCGAUGGUCUCCGGAGACAGCUUCCUCGUUGCCAGGCCCGAGGCUAUUCUUUCAGGACCCACUCCUCGUCAGGCCCUGCGGCCGACCGUUCGUACCGAGAGCUGUCGGACGAGUGGGGGUGGCCGGGGCCCGACCCGCUUUAUAAAGGGAAGGGAACCUGCUGGACAGAACCGGAGCAGCCAUACCAGAUUCUCACCGUAUCCGACCCCCGGGGUUAAAUUGGAUCUCCUGACGAGCCUGCUGCAACAGCGGCUGAUUGCCAUUGGAAGUGUGAUCGCAGCCCGCCUCUCGGCUUAAUACCUCCCUCUGCCCCUCGAUUCGCUUGUAAACAAGGUCUCUCUAAAGUCCUUC